CAUCAAGUUUUCUUCGUACAUCACCAAUUAUUUUCUUCUGGAAAUUUCAUGAAGACAAAAUCCCCCUCUUUGUUCAUUAAUUGAAGAAUCUCGAAAGUGAAUCAUGAGAGUGAGACAACAUUUUUGGGGUGCAAGGUUUGUUCAAGGCAUAGCAACAGAGUCUGGGGUUUCCGAGAUAGCUGCUUUCAACGAAGCUAGCAAACUGUCCUGUAUCGGGCGUUCUUCCGGUCAAGUUGUUGUAGGACACAUUAAAGACCUCCAAGAAGUUAAGGUCGCCGAGUUGAUAAGGGAUUGUGCCACUCAAGUUGUUGAAAGAGAGGUCCAAGCUCUCAAUCUGCUUCAAGUUGGAGAAGGUGCUUGGGAUGGAUCCAGAUAUGAAGUUACCCGAUUUCGUGAUAGCACUAAAGCUUCAAGCUUUGAGAAGUUGGCAAAAGAACUCAGAAAUACAGUGUCUUCAAAGUUGUUAUUUGAGAGGUCCAAGUACUGUAGGGAUACCAUUUCAUAUGAAAGAUGGUGUGGAAACGCCGUUAAAGCGGUUAAAUUGUUUCAAGAAAUGGUAAAGAUGAGAUUUUUACCCAACCCCGUCACCUUCCUGUCAGUUCUGUCAGCCUGCAGUCACGCAGGCAUGGUAGAAGAGAGUCUGUUCAUCUUCAAACUGAUGAAUGAGAGGUACGGUUUGGAACCCGAAAAAGAACACUACGGGUGCUUGAUUGAUGUUCUUGGUCGUGCGGGGAGACUGGAGGAAGCAUAUGAAGUGGUGGGUAGUGGCAAUGAGUGUGUUUUUGCAUGGAAGACAUUGUUGAAUGCCAGUAGGAGUUAUGAAGAUGUGAAGAUAGCAGAGAAAUGUGCAAGAAAAGUGUUGGAGAUUGACCCUAAAGAUCCUUCCCCAUACCUUGUUUUGUCUAAUAUGUACUCUAGAGAGGGGAGAUGGGAAGAGGCUUCUAAGUUGAGGCAAAAAAUGAUGCAAAUUGGAAUGAUGAAGGAUCUUGGAAGCAGUUGGUUGAUGUAGAAUGAGUGAAUGACUCUAACUGACCAUGGGCUUUUCCAACUGAUGGACUACAAUGAGAUACACUAAAUCUAUGUUGCACAG